CUCCUUCUCCUGCAUGUGCAAAGCUUCUCCUGCCCAGUGUGGUUUUCCAACCAGUGGGUGUCGUUGUAAUUCCCCCUAAUGCAGUGUCACUCCUUGAGAUGACCUGAAGCCAAGCACAGCGCGGAGCGUCAUUCACUUUCUAUAGGCAGCCAGGGGAAGACAAGUCCAGCAAAAAAAAAAAAAAGAAGAAGAAAAAAGAAAAAAGCCUCUUUUGGUCACUCAGGAAAGGGAUGGAACGAUCGAUUCUCCAAAUUGUCUCCCUGAGCACUUUUCCCAUCAGCGUCCCCCGACACCGCUCACUCUGAUUCGCCUGCAAAACUUUUCCUCAACUUUUAUUUUUUAUACCAUUUUUCAUUCCCCUCUUCUUUUUAUUUUUUUCCUGCAGUUCCUUAAUUCACUUCUAAGGAGCCACCAGAGGAGAGAUCUGUGGUCGAGGCAGGGUUAAGCUGGAUCCAGGAUGAUGCUGAGAGGCCACUUUGCGAUGUUGAUGCUGGUUUCCGCGUGCUGUAGCGCUCAAGAAGGUAGAGGAGGCUACGGGAUGAAUAUGUUCUCCAUCCAGACGACGCAGCCGGACCCGUGCUACGACGAGAACGGUAACCCAAGGAGGUGCAUCCCGGACUUUGUGAAUUCUGCUUUCGGGAAGGAAGUUAAGGUGUCCAGUGUCUGCGGGAAGAACCCCUCGAGAUACUGCGUGGUGACGGAGAAAGCAGAAGAGAGGUUUCGGAACUGUCACACUUGCAACGCUUCCGACCCCAAAAAAGCCCACCCGCCGUCCUUUUUAACGGACCUCAACAAUCCCCACAACCUGACCUGCUGGCAGUCGGAGAACUACAUCCAGUACCCUCAGAACGUCACCCUCACGCUUUCCCUCGGGAAAAAGUUUGAGGUGACCUACGUGAGCUUGCAGUUCUGCUCCCCCCGUCCGGAAUCCAUGGCCAUCUUCAAGUCGAUGGACUAUGGAAAGUCCUGGGUGCCGUUCCAGUUCUACUCCACCCAGUGCAGAAAAAUGUACAACAAACCCAGCAAAGCGUUGAUCACCAAACAGAACGAACAGGAGGCCAUCUGUACGGACUCUCACACCGACAUGCACCCUCUGUCCGGUGGCCUGAUCGCCUUCAGCACCUUGGACGGCCGACCGUCCGCCCAUGACUUCGACAACUCCCCUGUGCUCCAAGACUGGGUGACCGCAACGGACAUCAAGGUGGUCUUUAGCCGCCUUCACACCUUUGGCGACGAGAACGAAGACGACUCGGAGCUGGCCAGGGACUCUUAUUUUUACGCCGUCUCCGACCUUCAGGUCGGGGGCCGCUGCAAGUGCAACGGGCACGCGUCUCGGUGCGUCAAGGACAGGGAUGACAACCUGGUGUGCGACUGCAAGCACAACACAGCCGGGCCAGAGUGCGACCGAUGUAAACCUUUCCACUAUGACAGACCUUGGCAGAGGGCGACCGCAAGGGAAGCCAACGAGUGCGUGGCCUGCAACUGUAACCUGCAUGCCCGCCGCUGUCGCUUCAACAUGGAGCUCUUUAAGCUGUCUGGCCGCCGGAGCGGAGGGGUCUGCCUGAACUGCCGCCAUAACACCGCCGGCCGCCACUGCCACUACUGCAAGGAGGGAUACUACCGGGAUAUGACUAAGCCCAUCACCCACAGGAAGGCCUGCAAAGCCUGCGACUGCCAUCCUGUUGGUGCGGCCGGCAAAACCUGUAAUCAGACAACGGGCCAGUGUCCCUGCAAGGAUGGCGUGACUGGCAUAACGUGCAAUCGAUGUGCCAAGGGCUACCAACAAAGCCGCUCGCCCAUUGCCCCCUGCAUAAAAAUCCCAGUAGCUCCGCCCACUACGGCAGCCAGCAGCACCGAAGAACCGGCAGAUUGCGAGACGUACUGCAAGGCGUCAAAAGGAAAGCUGAAGAUCAACAUGAAAAAGUACUGCAAGAAAGAUUACGCGGUCCAGAUUCACAUCCUUAAGGCCGACAAAGCGGGAGACUGGUGGAAAUUCACGGUCAACGUGAUCUCUGUGUACAAACAAGGAAGCAGCCGCAUCCGCCGCGGGGACCAGAACCUGUGGAUCCGCUCCAAGGACAUCGCUUGCAAGUGCCCGAAACUCAAACCCAUGAAAAAAUACCUCCUCCUAGGAAACGACGAGGACUCGCCCGACCAGAACGGGGUGGUGGCCGACAAGACCAGCCUGGUCAUACAGUGGAGGGACACGUGGGCCCGGCGGCUGAGGAAGUUCCAACAGCGAGAAAAGAAAGGAAAAUGUAAGAAAGCCUAGGAGGAGGAGGAGGAGGAGACAACCAGGGGUCCUCGGAGGAGGGCCAGAGUGCCGUAGAAGACAGAGAGAGAGAGAGAGGACCGUUAAUUGCUGCUUGCUGUAGAGUCUGGAGCAGAUAGGAUUAUCAACUAGUUUUUUUUUUUUUUUUUUGUUUUUUCGAAAACAUUUUUCCCAGAUGGCGGGAUGGAAAACUGGCUUUUUUCGAAAGUUGAUAGACGAGUUGGAGUGAAAAGUGGGAAGGUGUCACUUUUUUUUUUUUUUUUAAUGACUGGACUGAAGCGUUUGCACCUAAUACGUAAAAAGUUGAUUCACAGACACGCGGGAAGGAACGGCGAAGAAAAAGGGAGGGUGGCGAGGGAGAGAAAAAAAAAAACAAGAGUUAUUGCCGAGAGAUUUAUGGUGAUGGAAGCUGUGAAAUUUGCACCUGUUCGGUAUCUCCUGCCUUGUGAGUCAUUAAUUGUUUAAACAUUUCUGCGGUCAAAGCCCUGUGGCUCCUUUUUUUUUUUUUUAUUCAUCCGAGGUGGAAUGGGGGCUGAGAAAACACCCCGAGGAUCUUAGUAACCUCUAAAACACCCCCAAGGGUGGGAAUUAUUUGUUGGUAACCACAUUGCAGAAAAAUAAAAUAAGUUGAAGGAGAGCUCCGAUCAGAACCAAAAUCCAUCGUUAAAUAAAAAGUUUUCCUUUUUACAAUUAUUUUUAAUAAUUUUUUUUUUAAUAAAUCUUUUUUUAAAUAUUUUUUUUUGAAUUUUUAAAUAACAACAUUUUUUUUUAAUAGAUGUGGGGUAACUACAUUAUAUUACUUAGAGAAUUAAAAAUUGGGGGGAGCUCUAACAACGCUCAUUCCUCCCCCCCCCUCCCGAGGUAUAGGAACAGUUUCAAAGCCGUGGUGUUGGCAGUAAAAAAAACUUUUUUUUCUUUUCUGGGUGCAUCUGAAAUCCAAAAAGGGAGUAAAUCCACAUCAAAUAUUUAUUUUUUUGAAUUUUGAGCUCUGUCUGGAGGUCUCCUUUAACACCAUACCUAAUGCUUUUGAUAUCAGAUGUAGCCCCCCCCCCCCUUCCCAAACCUUCCAUGCAUUUUACCCGCCGCCUUCGUCUAGGUGCUGACUUGCUAGGUAUGCAAACCUAGGAAAAGAAGAAAAAAAAAAUUAAAUUUGUACAAAAAAAAUGCAAAUUCUAACCUUUUAAAAAGUAUGUAUAUCAUUGAAAUAACUUUUUUUUUUUUGUUAAGAAAACAAAUCUUUAUGUUGUGUUUUUUGUAUAAUGUUUUUAAUAACAACCCCCGGUCUCCCGUUCACCCUGUACGUAGCAUUAUAUAUGCAGGAUUGACAGUAUUAGCCGGUCAGGAGAAAAGAGGGGGAGGGUACGAUAAAGUGAAAAAAUGUCUACAGAGUUUUUAUAUAUAUACCGAAUUCAGAAAAAAAAAAGAUAUAUAUGGACUUGCUGUAGUUUGUGUUUUUAGGCUGAGGAGUCUGAAAAACACGCGUUAUAUUUUAUUUUUUGAGGUACGGCUCUCCUCGAUAGGAGUUUCUUGUAUGUCGAAAAACGUCCUGUUGGCAAUUAAAGGCUUACCAUUGGUAGAAAUGA